GUGAAUUGUUUGCGACUUGUAUGUACUCCAUUAUUAUACUACGCGAAAAAAGAAACAAUCAGCAUUCUUGCAUCUGAAUCAUCUUUCGAUCGAUCCACCGGAAUUGUACGUUUCUCCAUCUUAAUUUGGGGUUCCUCUGAAACAUUCAGCUAUUUUACUUUGCCAGAGCUUUCCAAUUCGCGACAACUCUGAAAUUAGUGCGGUGGUUUCGAAGAAUGGAGUCGAGGGAAUUAUUAAUCUGAGGUGAAUUGCAGUGCAAACUAAAUUACAAAAAGCGAGAGCAGGGUGCAUACUGUAGAGUGGUUGAGACAGUAUAUAUAUAGAUGGGGUGGGGAAGGGCGGCGUACGAAGGAGUGGUGGCGGUGGGGUCGUUGCUGUUGCUGGGUUGGGGCGGCCUUUGGUUUUUGAACCGGCGGCUUUAUAAGGAGUAUGAAGAGAAGCGGGUCUUGGUUCAGAUAAUAUUCAGCGUUGUCUUUGCCUUCUCCUGCAACCUCUUUCAGCUUGUCCUCUUCGAGAUUAUUCCUAUUCUGUCAAAAGAGGCAAGAUGGAUGAAUUGGAAGGUGGAUUUGUUUUGUCUAAUAAUGUUACUCGUUUUCAUGCUGCCAUAUUAUCAUUGCUAUCUGAUGCUUUGUAACAGUGGUAUUAGAAAAGAACGUGCUUCACUUGGUGCUAUUUUAUUCUUGUUGGCCUUUCUCUAUGGUUUCUGGCGAAUGGGUAUUCACUUUCCUAUGCCAUCUCCAGAUAAAGGAUUCUUCACCAUCCCUCAGCUUGUGAGCAGAAUUGGGGUCAUUGGUGUCACAGUUAUGGCUGUACUGUCUGGUUUUGGAGCAGUAAAUUUGCCGUACAGCUAUCUGUCCCUCUUUAUACGAGAAAUUGAGGAAACAGAAAUUAAGGCACUGGAAAGGCAGUUAAUGCAGUCAAUCGAGACUUGCAUUUCCAAGAAAAAGAGGAUUAUUCUCUGUCAAAUGGAGAUGGAGCGAAAACAAGGCUCGGAAGAGAAAUUAAACAAUAGGUCCUUUCUAAAGCGAAUAGUUGGGACUGUUGUUCGAUCUGUUCAGGAUGAUCAGAAUGAACAAGAUAUCAAAACCAUGGAAGCAGAGGUACAUGCUUUAGAAGAGCUCUCGAAGCAACUAUUUUUAGAAGUUUAUGAGCUUCGUCAAGCUAAGGAAGCCGCUGCUUAUUCUAGAACCUGGAAGGGUCACUUGCAGAAUCUUUUGGGUUAUGCUUGUUCAGUUUAUUGUGUAUACAAAAUGAUAAAGUCUUUGCAAAGUGUAGUUUUCAAGGAGGCUGGUUCAGUUGAUCCUGUGACGAGAACAGUCAGCAUAUUUCUGCAGUUUUUUGACAUAGGCAUCAACGUGACUUUGUUAUCACAGUACAUUUCCCUUCUGUUCAUCGGGAUGCUGAUAGUCAUUUCUGUACGUGGAUUCUUAACGAAUUUGAUGAAGUUCUUUUUUGCUGUUUCCAGAGUUGGUAGUGGGUCCUCAAGCAAUGUUGUUCUUUUCCUCUCCGAAAUUAUGGGAAUGUAUUUUGUUUCCUCAAUAUUACUAAUUAGGAAAAGCUUGGCAACAGAAUACAGGAUGAUUAUUACCGAUGUACUGGGUGGUGAUAUUCAAUUUGACUUUUAUCACCGGUGGUUUGACGCGAUAUUUGUGGCCAGCGCUUUUCUUUCUCUGCUAUUGCUGUCUGCGCAUUACACGUCUCGUCAAGCGGACAAGCAUCCCAUAGACUAAGUAUCCCCAACAACGCAGGAAUAUAUUUUUCCAAUGGUAUUAUUAUCUAUUAUGUGAUUUUGAUGCCUCUAGUGUUUGGAUACUGAUUAUGGAAAUUUGAGCAUUGUAAAGGUAAAUUUACGUGGGNUGUUUUUUCCAUUUUUAUUGUUGU